AUGCCUCCUUGGCGCUUAUACUUUACUUAUGUUUCCAUAACUAUUGGGAGUUCCUUCGUAUUCGGAUAUCAUACAGGAGUUAUCAACGCACCAUUAUCGCUCAUCCAAAAUUUUACGCAAAAUGUUAUUGAUGAAAGACGAUACACAUGUGGCUCUUCAUGCGUGAGGGUGAUUUUGUCAAUAUGCGUAACGGGAUUCGUUAUCGGUGGGUUAUUUGGUGGCCUGUUUGGUGGAGUUUUAGCAAACAGACUUGGUCGAAGAAAAACAUUGUUUCUUCUCUCCAUUCCAACAAUUUUGGGGUCUGUACUCAUCAUGGUUUCGGUGUGCUUGAGAUCGUUCGAGGCUAUCAUAUUCGGAAGAUUUAUAGUUGGUCUUUCUGCAGGUGCUUAUACAGUUGUAACACCUACAUACCUUUCGGAGAUUGCUCCAGUAAAGUCACGUGGUGCAGCAGGGGUUAUGAAUCAAUUUGUUACAGUGCUAGCCAUUCUUUUAUCACAGGUCCUAGGUCUGUCUCAAGUAAUGGGGACGGAUAAAUUCUGGCCAUUCUUGUUGGGUCUUUGUGCUCCUGUUUGUCUUUUGCAUGUGAUACUCAUGAUGUUUUGUCCUGAAAGUCCUAGCUACUUGUAUUUAGUAAAGGGAGACAAAGAUGCUGCAAAACAUGCUCUUUUGUUACUAAGAGGUAAGAACUAUGAUGUCUUUAUGGAGCUUGACUCCUUUCAACGAGACCCGGAAUAUAACACUAAACAUUACUUUGGAAUGGAUAACUUAUUUCGAGUUCAACAUCUCCGAUGGGGUUUAUUUGUUGCCCUUAUUCCACAUUUCGGGCAGCAACUCUCAGGAAUCAAUGGUGUUUUGUACUACUCUGUUCCACUAUUCGAAAGUGUUGGCCUAACCAACAGAGACGCAAGCUUUGUCAAUCUUGGGGUUGGAGCAGUUAUUGUGUUAGGAACAAUUAUGUCAAUAUGUGUUAUUGACAGAGGAGGCAGACGAAUGCUAUUACUCGUUGGAUUUUCAGUAUGCUUAGUCAGUUUAAUUACAUUCACAACAGUUUUGUCAGUUCAGAAGUUCAGUCAUACAUCUUGGUUAACCUACAUUUCUAUUCUUGUAUUAUACCUAUUUGUUUCAGGAUUCUCCUUUGGCCCAGGCUCUGUUCCUUGGUUCCUCGUGGCUGAACUAUUCACUCAAGAAUAUAGAGAUGCUGCACAAAGUGUGGCUGUGGGUACAAAUUGGUUGUGUAAUAUUCUGGUUGGACUUCUUUUCCCUCAACUACUUGCGCUUAUAGAUUGUUUUGCCUUUGUACCAUUUAUUUGUGUGCUCAUAAUUGUGAUUAUUCUAAUUGCUUUAUAUUUACCGGAAACAAAAGGAUUCAAUCCAGUUUAUAUUGAAUCAGUUUUCAAAGCUCAAUGUAAACAUUCAACACUUAUGCCGAUAAAACGAUUUUAA